AUGACCUGCCAGGUGUUGGACGGCGAGAUCGGCAAGACCACGCUCUGCGUGGGCGCCGCCGAUCGGAAGUGCCGUGGCGGGGAGACGGAUGUGCCAGGGAAGCUGGAAUGGGACGAUUUGAUCGAAGCCUUUGACAAGUAUGAGGUCACCGAGGACAGCGAAGGCAAUGAAGUCUUGGAGGCCGUCGAGUCUUGGGAUUCGUCUGAGCACCGGGAACAAACCAUUUUUGUGGAGCUGGUGAACGAGAAGGUGGAGGGGGAGUUCGACGAGGAAUGGCUGGUCUGGGUGGAGGCGCGAGUGACCUUCAAGAACGAGCUGGAUUCCAAGUGUGAAGAGAUGCCCUACUCCAAACGCAUUUUUCAAUUGGACCCUCCGGGGCAGAUCUUCUACGAAGGCAUGGAACGGUUCCUGGCCUGGGAUCCCACCAGUGAGUCUUUGCAGGAGCUGCCCAAUCGCCUGUUGGCUGAGCGGGUCCAAGUGACCAACGGCGGCGUCUCCGUGAUGAUCUCCUUCCCGGCGCGGACGCCCAGGGCCGCCGUGACAGCGGGCUUCAAUGAAGCGGGAGAACAGGUGAAUGCUCACAGUACCAUGGAGGAGGACAAGGGUGAAGCCUUGCCCGGCGUGUCCCAUCGCUUCAUCAUCUGCCGCACCUGGACCUUGGCAGACUUCGAGUUGAUGUACGCGUCCUUCUGCCGCAUGAACAGCAUGGAGAUGGAGCGUGUGACAGAAUCAGCGCUCCAGGAGUAUGGCAUGGUCCUUGCACGAGAGCAGCUCAAGGUGGUGAAAGGACUGCGGAAGCCGCUGCUCUUUGAACAGGUGGCGGAUGAGGAGGUCAUCGAUUGCCCUGGAUUGAUCAUGGUGGCAGACCAGAAUAUCUCCGCUCGCUCGGCUCUGGGGCCCAACAUCGAUAUCACUGGCGGCGGAUCGGAUGCUGGCGGCAGCAUUCUGCGGACCUUGUCUUCGGGCAAGACGCCCCUGCUGAGCACGGCCUCGCCUCCCGGAAGGAGCGCCGGGACCAAGGCCGGGCCGAACCAGGUCAUCGAGAAGCGAGAAUACCGUUCGACCUUCCAAAGUGUCGGCUUCCUCGAGAACGCUUGGCCACGUUACCCGCACGCUUUGGACAUGGCCUACGGCACUGGAUGGAUGCCCAGCUUCUUGCUUCUCAAUUCCUUCUACCCCGUGGACAACAUCCUCAACGUGAUCAAAGCAGGCGCCAAUUGGCUGCAGCUGCCCGUGGCUUAUCAGACCCUUCAGGUGAUUGGAGGACGGUCCUUCGCAGAUGGCCUCUUGAACUUCGCCACGGCCCCGCUCUAUGGCAUUGUGCCCUACUGCUGCGAAGCCUUUUUGUAUUUGCUGCAGAUGUUCUCCUUCCUCAUCUUGCCCGGCAUGCUGCUCCUCUUCGGCAUGUGCUACGAAUUCGUGGGCAUGUUCUUUGCGGUGAACCCCGAGGAGUACUCCCUGGACUCUCGGACCACCUCGCACAUCCCCGACAUGAUCUUCUCCGCGGUGGUCUCAGGCCACUCAGUGGAGGAUUGGAUGAAGGGCCUCUCGAGCGUCUCCUUCGUGGCGCUCAUUGGUAGCACCGUCACGGCAGCUGGAGAGAAGCUGCUGCUUCUAGAGACCAGACCUAAGCUUGUGAAUGCCAUGGGGAACAUGCUGGUGAGCAGCUAUGUUUGGGUGAUCUUAAGCUUCGCCAUCUCCAGCAUCCUGUGGUUUGCCAUGGUGGUUGUGAUCUACCCAGAGCAGAUGCUGACCGCCUUGGCCUGUGCUGGCGGAUUGGCUGCAAUCUUCACUUCCAUGUUGAGCCUUGGUGAAAGAGACCACGUUGCACAAGCGUUGGAGACCCACAUGGAACCUGGCAUGGAUCAGAUGGCAUGGAUCAGACUGGAAGACGAUGUUCCGAAUACAGACCGGGACUGGGUUGAAGAACACCAAGGAUGUGCCCUCGCCGGCAUCAAACUCGCGCACGAACUGGAACGGAUGCUCUACGAAGAGAUCCCUGAAGUUCUGGAGUUAGUGUGCGACAGCUUCCUGGAGCAAUACGACAAGACCUCGUCAGGCCGAAGUGGGGACACCGCUCUUGGCAACCAAGAGGUGGAAGGCCGCUCCAAGGCGGUGGUCGCGACCUACCGAAAGCUGGAAGAAGAACUGGCGGAGCUUCCUGGGACCCAAAGAGGGACGUGGGAACGGGUCGGAUGGCGGUGA